CUCAAAAUGAAAUAUUAGAGCAAUAUUUAUAAAUAAGUUUUAAUAUACAUAUUUCAAAACAUAUGAUAAAUUAUCAAUAUUAGGCAAAGGCCUCAUUAAGUUAAAGCAGCGAUUUAGUGAAUAGUGGUACUCGAUUGUAUAUCAAAUUCUUUCUGUUUUAUUUUAAGGGGGCUCAAAAUUAUUAGCUUAAGUUGAAUUAGCUAAAAUCGACAUAAUGGAGGCAGAAGAACAGAAACAUGAUCCCGAGGAAGAAGCCAAAACUCCAAAAAAACGAGUCAAAUUAACGGUUGCCGAGCUCAAAGAAAUAUCUAACCGUAUGCUGGAACCGGCUGUCGAAGAGCAGAAGGCGAUGGACAUUAGAACAGUAAUACGAGCUAUCAAAAAUCCAGACUCGGUCAUCAAAGGAACAAAACCGCAAGCGAAUAUUGAAAAAGAGGAAGCGGUUCGUAUGAACAGGAAGAGCAUGCUGGAAAGGAACAAGGAGUCCCUCCACAGCCUGUACAAGCUGCCGGGGACGGAUAUCAAGAUGGCCAACAUCAAGGGAGAUUCCAUUGGCUUUUUGGAGUGCAUGUCGGGUCCGAGGGUUCCGAACUUCGAUGAGACUGAGAGUGACACCACUUUCGAAAGGUUGUCCAACGAUGAUGAAUCUGAGGAAUCUCCGUCCAUUCUAAAACUUAUUAAAAGUGAAACAGAUGAGGAGGAGGAGGACGUAGAUAAGAAGCCAGUUAAAAUUCGAAAAGGAUGCAAAAAAAUGGAGGAGAUUUCAGAUGAGGAGGAUGAACAAGGCAAAAAAGGAAAAUCAAAGAAACCGAAGUUAAAGAAAUGGAAGCCUAGAGUUAAACAUAGUGGGAUGUCACCUGAUCCACUUAUGAUCGAGUACGCCGAAGGAGUUUCUAAAUAUCUCAAUGAAAUAGGAAUAUUCACCUUCAUGAAAGACUGGUUGUACCACCUUUAUGGGACCAACCCGAAGCCCAAAGACCCCGUCAACUUGCUUCGUAAAUACAUAGAGGAUUCGUUGGGCAACUCAGAAAAUGAAUCCGGAGUCUCUCAAUUAGAGAAAGAACUGCAAAAGACGCUGAAACAAGAAGACGAAAUAAUUGUGGAAAUAAGUAAACUAAACCACCUGGCCCACCUCCUGGCCCCCGAGAUCUACGAUGCCGAUGGCAAUAUGAUCACUUACGAGCCCAGUAUUGAGGAGGAGCAGUUCUUCUUGGAAGAGGAAUCUGGCAUGGUGCAGAGUGUUGAAAAUGAGGAAACUGCGUCUUCUAAUCUCAAGGUCCGCAAACCUUCCAAGAGUCGUUCGGUGAAGAAAGUUAAAGGAAAGGCCCCCGAAUUAUCUGCGGUUCCAUCGAAAAUAAAUAAGAGUAAGCAAAUUAAGAAGAAGAAAUCAGCAGCUAAGCUCCCAGUGAAAACCAAAAGCGCUCUAAAGGAAUGAAGCGGCCU